AUGUCGGUCGUCGAGCGGAACGUGGACAUGCUUCUUUCGACUGGCGCCUGGCCAAGAAUCGAGAAAUUGAUCCAUCUGUUGUCCCGGCAGCUCUCCAUGAACGAGGAGACUCAUUAUCGGUGGGUUUUGAGAGGAAAAUUCAGUUUUUAUGAGGGAAAUUGGCUGUUGAAGAUGUUUUCCUUCAUUAUUUUCAUUUCACGUUUCACGUUUCAUUUCUAAAAGCCUAAGGUACCUAUUUUAGUGCGUUUCGUAUGCAAGGAGUUUUUAAAAUCACUUAAAAUUAUGGAAGAGCUCAAAUUUACCCAUAUAGUCGUGUAAUUUUUGAAAAGAAACUUGAAAAAGGUCGAAUUUUUCAUUUUUGUACUGAAAAUUUUUUUCAAAACAGCGGAAUCUUUAUUUUUUUAUUUUUAUAUUUUUUUCAUAAAUAGAAGGUCCUUGGAAGGUAAAAACUUAAAACUGGCUCUCAGAAGCCUGCAAGAAGGCUUCCAGCAGGUCUCUAGAGGAUAAGUAGAGGUUCUGAAAAGCUUCCAAACGCCUUCCGAGGAACUCCAGAAGGUCCUUGGAAGGUAAAACUUGAAACUGGCUGCCAGAAGCCUGCAAGAAGCCUUUCAGCAGGCUCCUAGAGAAUGAAUAGAAGUUCUGAAAAGCUCUAAACGCCUUCCGAGGAGCUUCAGAAGGUUUUUGGGAGGUAAAAAAUUAAAAAUACCUGCCAGAAGCCUGUAGGAAGCCUUUCAGCAGGUCUCUAGAGGAUAAGUAGAGGUUCUGAAAAGCUCUAAACGCCUUCCGAGGAGCUUCAGAAGGUUUUUGGGAGGUAAAAAAUUAAAAAUACCUGCCAGAAGCCUGUAGGAAGCCUUUCAGCAGGUCUCUAGAGGAUAAGUAGAGGUUCUGAAAAGCUUCCAAACGCCUUUGAGGAGCUUCAGAAGGUCCUUGGAAGGAGAAUAAUUGAAAAUAGCCGCUAGAAGCCUGCAAGAAGCCUUUCAGCAAGUCUCUAGAGAAUGAAUAGAGGCUUUUGUGAAGCUACGUAUGUGUAAGGCGUUGCUGAAAAGUUUCCAAACGCCUUCCGAGGAGCUUCAGAAGGUCCUUGGAAGGUGAAUAAUUGAAAAUGGCCGCUAGAAGCCUGCAAGAAGACUUUCAGCAGGUCUCUAGAGGAUAAGUAGAGGUUUUGAAAAGCUCUAAACGCCUUCCGAGGAACUUCAGAAGAUAGUUGGAAGGUAUAAACUUGAAAAUGGCUUCUAAAGGGCUUUCAGAAAGCAUCUGAAGGAUAACUAGAGGUUUUGAAAAGCUAUAAGGGAAGCUUUUGACUUCUUGCUGGCAUAGGCAAAGUCGGAAAAGGUGGAAAAAGGCUCCAUAUAGAUGUUCCUUUAAGGGUGUUGAAGGCUCCUUUUUGCGGCCUUUCUGCACCUUUUCAUUGGCCCUUAUGCACCAUUUUUGCUGCCUUUCCCUGUUCCACCAUUUCUCGAUACGUCCCAGAAAGUAAAAGACCUUUUGCAGCCUUUCUGCAGCCUUUUUGCGGCCUUUUUGCAGCCUUUUUGCGGCUUUUUUGCAGCCGAUUUGCGGCCUUUUUGCGACCUUUUUGCGGCCUUUUUUGUAGCCUUUUUGAGCCUCAUCCACUAUUCCGACUUUGCCAGAAAAAAGGCUUCACAACCGAAAGCAGAAGCUUCUCAGUUCCUACCUCAAACUCAUUCUUCGAACAUUUUCAGUGAGUUCGCGAUCGUGGUGCUGAACGCCUUGUGUCUGGCGAGCGAGGCGGCGUGCUUCGUGGCGGCCAACGACACGCAAACCAUCGCCACCCUCGUUCACUUCAUCGACACGGCCGACCAGAACAUGCACGGCGUGAUGCAGACCCACGGGAUGGCCGCCCUCCGCGACUCGCCCGAAAUGAUGGGCACCUCCGUCGGCAUGCUCCGCCGAGCCGCCUCCAUGCUCCGGAUGCUCAUCAAGGUCCCCGGCGCCUACAAGUUCUACAUCAAGCAUCAGCAUCGCCUCCUGCAGUUCACCAUGAGUCAGCUGGUUCGUUUUUGGAUCUUUUUAUAGGGUUUUUAUGAGAAAAUUCGAGGAAAAGGGCAUUUUUUGCAAUUUUGCUUAGGUAAGCUGGUUGAUUUUAGAGAUUUUGUGCGACUUUUCAAGAAAAAAUUCAUGGUUUUAGUCGAAAAUAUGAGAAAAAUGUCAUUUUUUGGAAUAAACCAUGAGUUACCUGGAUGGUUUUGAGAUUUAUAUACGAUUUUUUGAGGAAAAAUAGGAGUUUUUGUUGAAAAUUUGGGGAAAAUGGCCUUUUUUGGAAUGUACCAUGAGUUAGUUGAAUGGUUUUGGGACUUUUAUGCGACUUUUUGGACAAAAAAUCAGAAUUUUUGUUGAAAAUUUGAGAAAAAUGGCCUUUUUCGGAAUUUACCAUGAGUUAGUUGAAUGGUUUUGAGAUUCGUAUGCGAUUUUUUCAAGAAAAAUAGGAUUUUCUGUGGAAAAUUUGAGAAAUAAGACAUUUUUUUUCUUUCUGAUCAGCUGUUCCUCUUCAAAAAAUGUAUACCUAAAGAGUCAGUGGACUUUGAAAAAAUUGCAAAAAUCAAAGCGCCCAGAGGAGUCGAUCCCUUGACCCUAAAAUUGGAGAUCGAAGGCUCUACCGGCUGAGCCAAGAAUGAAAGGAUUGAAGAAGGUUGCCCGCCAACGUGAUUCAUAAAGUGGUCAUUUUAGUGUUUCUGAAGCUUUUUUGAGGUCCAUUUCUCAAAUAUAGCGCUGAGGAAAGUUUAAGAGGUCACUUAAAAGGGAAAAGUUUGAAUUUUUAAAAACGGUUCUUCAAAAUUCAUCAAUUCCUACGUUCGAAGAAGCUCUCCAUGGAGGAAAUUUGGAAUCUUUCAACUCAAUUCUGAUGAAUUUUUCAUAGUUAAAAAUUUUACAGAUGGACUCCCGAGUCGCUGGAAUGAUCGCCGAUACGUUGUUCGAAAUGCAAGAAAUCGCGAAACGAAACGGCGACGACGAGGCGAACGUGACGCCGAACGCAGUGAGAAGCUCGGAAACUGGUUGGUUUAAAAAAAAAAAAUCAAAAAAUGAUAGAUCUAACUUCGAUGAGAACUCUGCCCCCUUUGCAAGAAAACCGCGCCCUCUUUGCAUUUUUUUUUCCUGAUACUUCAGGGUUAAGGGAUCAUUAGAGAGUCUUAAGUGAUCACUCUAGGGUAAUUUUUACCAAGAAGACAAAUGGAUCAGUUUGACAUCCUCGAAGGAUCUUUUUGGAGGCCUAAGUGGUCACUGUAGGGUUUUUUUUCUUCGGAAGACAUGCGGAAUAGUAGGUCCUCUUUAAAUUAUCAUCAAAGAGUUUUAAGUGAUCACUCUAGGACACUUUUUCUCGGAGGACAAAUGGAGUAGUUGCUCUCCUCAAGUGAUCAUUAUAGAGGCCUAAGUGGCCCCUCUAGGGAAUUUUUCCUCACUUUAGUGACCACUCAAAGAAGACCAACUGUUCCAUUUGUCUCCCACGAGGUCUGAGCUCUCAGGGAUCAUUAAAGAGGAGUGAAUGGAGUUAUUUUUCCCUUGAGUGACCACUUAGGGACGACCAACUACCCCGGGGUCCGAGUUUUUCAGAAAUACAGUGUAUUUUUGCCCGAAAAUGGUCGAUAUAUGUUACAGAUUCUGACGCGGUGAAAAAAGAGCCGGAAGAAUUGUUGGCGGAAGACGCCGAAGCGAGUUGCUCCUCCGUGGCGACGACGUCGACGGCGGAGAAAGAUGUGAAGACGUCGAUAAGUGACGUCACCACGAAUUGCAACACGAAUGGGGAUUCUGGCGUCCAUUCGACGACCAAUGGAUCUCUUGUCAAUGGAAACGAGAAGAGGUCCAACAAACGACACAAUAGUGAAGAGGUUGGUGGUUUUUUUGGGAGUUUAGUGGGCUAAAAUUAUGGUAUAUGGUUAGGUACACCAAAAAUUGAAGCUUUAUUGGCUAACGAUUUUUUUUUUCCUAUUCUAAGGACCCUUGGGAAGGGAAGAAGCUUGAUUCAGGAGAAAAUGAGUAGGAAAAAAAGUCAUAAAUAAAAUAGUUUUUUUGAAAAAAUCAGAAGUCGAUGGUAUUUGAAGCCGCUAGUUGACAUAUGAAACUGAAAAAAUGAACUUUUUUUUUUGAAAAUUUUUGAUUUUGUCUCCUUGAGGGAAUGUGCGCUCUAUGGACAAUCUUUCAAUUUUCGUUUUUUUUUUCAGAAAAAUUAAAUUUUUAGCUGUCAUUUAUGUGGGAUAAGUGUAAUAUUACCUCAACUAAUAUUGGAAAAAUCCGAUUUUGAAAGUUUUAUCCGUAGAGCACAUAUGUGCUGCAUUUUCGGUAGGCUCAAAUUUUUGGGGAUUUUUUUCAUUUUUUUUUUUUUUUUUGAUAAAAUUGUAUGAAUAGUAAUGAUUUUCUUGAAAGAUACAGUAAAUUUGAAAGUUGAUAAUCGUUUUUUUUUUUAAGGGGAAUAAUGGAAAAAAUAUUUUUUAAUCGAAAUUUGAAUUUUCAGAAGUCGAACUCGCCGCCGAGCAAACGGUCCUGUCUUCAGAAUGGCUACGAGAAAAAGAACGGAAAAAUUGACAACGUCAAGAUUUCCGAGGCACAUGACAAGGGGGCGAUGACCGCCGUCGCCUGA